UUCUGUUUCUGAUUUAGAUACCUACUACAUAUUUCCAUUUUUAUAUUUUAAUCAAUUAAUUUUAAAUUUUAUUUUCCCUCUAAUCUAUGUACAACCUCCAAUUUUAUAUUCCCCAUAGUGUGCACACUCUCGCCUAUUCGUUUCAUACCAAAACUUGCCUUAAGACAUAUUUUUCACCAAAUAUUUAGUUAAAACAAUGGCGCUAUUAUUUUUAUUAUUUCGUCAUCGUUUAAUAAAAUUAAAAAAAUAUUUGUUUUAAAUUUUUGACUUCCGUGUACUUCCGUUUUAAAAUUUUAACUUCCGAAAAUUUAAUUCUUUGAAGAAUGUUGAUGGAGUAUAAAAGCCGAAUUUUUAAUCACCACUACUUCAACAUCUUCCAUUAAUAAAGCAUAUAUACGAUCGUUUCAUUGGGUUGUCUGCAAUGGUUAAGAAGGGUAAAGCGCCAGGAAAGAAAAAAUCUCCGGCCCCGAAAAAGCCUAAAAAAGCUCCAAAAGUUAAUGCAGGGAAAGUGAAGAAGGCCAAGGCGGUUUCUAAAGCGGGAAAGAAGCCAAAGGUUGGGAAGUCAUCUGCGGGUGCAAAAACAGCAGUUAGUGGAAAAACAGCGGUUGGAGGAGGGAAAACAGCAAUAGAAGGUACAAAAAUUGAGAAAGGUCCUAAAGCUGAUAAGCCAAGUAAAAUUAAAAAAGCUGGAAAGAAGAAAGAUCCAAGUGCAAAGACUGCCGUGGAUGGUGGAAAACAUUUGAAGGAGAAGAAGGCACCAAAAGCAGAAAAAGGCAAAAAGAAGGAAGGAAUUGGCAAAAAGAAAGACGGAGGGGAUAAAACGAAGGCAGAAGGAGGGGAUAAAACGAAAAAGGAAGGAGCUGAUAAAAAGAGGAAGAAAGGAGUGGAUAAAAAAGGAGGGAAAGGGGCAAAAGGUAAAAAGGGCAAAGGACCUAAAACAGCUGAAGAUCAUGAAAAGGGAAAUAAUAGUUUAGAUAAAACAGUUGGAGCUACAACAAUAGAUAAGGAAGGGGAUACACAUAAAGAAGCAAAACAAGACAAAAAAGGCGGAAAAGAAAAGGGAAAAGAGAAAGAAGGUAAAGAAAAGAAGAAGCAGCCAAAGGAAGAUAAAAAACAAAAACUUUCCAAAAAUGACAAAAAGCAACAAAAAGAUAAAGGUGCUGCGGGUACUUCUUCUGUUCAACAAUCUUCCGAAUCUUCAAUUUCUGAUACAAAAAAAGAUAAAAAAGAAGAAAAGAAAAAAGAUAAAGAAAAGAAGAAAAAAGAGAAGAAGGAAAAGAAGAAAAGAGUGAGAGAAAGGAAGUCUGUAUCUGUAUCUUCUUCAAGUUCUUCCUCUGAAGAAGAAGUAGUAGUAGAAGCAAAGAAGCCAUCUCGCAUUGGAAGAAUUGCUGGUUUAGUGAAAAGAAAAACUGUUGGGGUUGCUAAAUUUGUUAUUAAUAAAAUAAAAAAUAUUAGAGUAAAGAAGAGAGAACAAAAGGAAAAAGAAGAAAUGGAAAGAAAUCUUCCACCUAAAAAAGAAGAAACGGAAGAAGAAGAGGAAACUUCUGAUGAGGAUGAGGAAGAAGAGGAGGAAGAAAGUUCUGAAGGAGGGAAAGAUGAAGCUGGAUAUGUAGCUAUUGGGGAUAUAGAUACUGGGUCUAUUAAAGUAGAUAAGAAGAAAAAUAAUAAAGAAGAUUUGGGAGAUGGAAAGAAGAAAAAGUUACAAACAAAGGGAAAAGAACAACCAAAAGGCCAAACAUCUGAAAUGUCAACAAUAACUUCUAAUUAUAAUGCUGAUACUUCAACUGUUAAUGCUCAAAGUAAAACUUCUAUUGCAACGAAAACUGAUGCAAAUUAUAAUAGUGAAAUUUGUAUGACAACAAAGUCAAUAAUGCCAAAGGAGGAUUUGAAGAAGAAAAAGAAAUAA